GGAUCAUGGUGUUCUACUUCACCAGCAGCAGCGUUAACUCAUCAGCUUACACUAUUUACAUGGGAAAGGAUAAAUAUGAAAAUGAAGAUCUAAUAAAGCGUGGCUGGCCUGAAGAUAUUUGGUUUCAUGUGGACAAACUCUCUUUGGCUCAUGUAUACCUUCGAUUACAUAAGAGGGAGAAGAUAGAAGACAUUCCAAAGGAAGUCCUGAUGGACUGUGCCCACCUUGUGAAGGCGAAUAGCAUUCAAGGCUGCAAGAUGAACAAUGUUAAUGUGGUAUAUACACCGUGGGCUAACCUGAAGAAAACAGCUGACAUGGAUGUGGGACAGAUAGGCUUUCACAGGCAGAAGGAUGUGAAAAUUGUGACUGUGGAGAAGAAAGUGAAUGAGAUCCUGAACCGGUUGGAAAAGACCAAAAUGGAGAGGUUCCCUGACCUAGCAGCAGAGAAGGAAUGCAGGGACUGGGAAGAGAGGAAUGAGAAAAAAGCCCAAAUUCAGGAAAUUAAAAGGAAAGAAAAGGAAGAGAUGAAGAAGAAGCGGGAAAUGGACGAAUUAAGGAGCUAUUCAUCAUUGAUGAAAGUUGAGAACAUGUCUUCAAAUCAGGACAGCAAUGACUCUGAUGAAUUCAUGUGAAUGGAGGAAAAGACCUUUGAAAGAUGUGAAUUGCAGG